AUGUCACGAAGAGCUCUUCUCGGCGUCCCUCGCGCAAUCAGCGCCUCGGCCCAAUCCUCCGUCCGGCCAUCCUUUGCUUCCCGCACGCCUCUCCUCCGACCUGCCGCCACGCAGCCGACACAGAGAAGAUCGUACCAUGAAAAAGUGUUGGACCACUACUCGAAUCCACGAAAUGUCGGGUCGAUGGACAAGAAUGCCGUCGAUGUUGGUACCGGUCUCGUCGGUGCCCCGGCCUGCGGUGAUGUGAUGAAACUCCAGAUCAAGGUCGACCCCGACACGCAGAAAAUCUCCGACGUCAAGUUCAAGACAUUCGGCUGCGGCUCGGCCAUUGCGUCCUCGUCGUACCUGACCGAGCUCGUCCGGGGCAUGACCCUCGAACAAGCGGGCAAGAUCAGAAACACAGAGAUUGCAAAGGAGUUAUGUCUACCUCCUGUCAAGCUUCACUGUUCGAUGUUGGCCGAGGACGCCAUCAAGUCGGCCAUUAGCAACUACUACACCAAGAAUCCCAAUGCCCGACAGACCGACCUCGGCAGUGCCUCCGCAAGCAUGCCCAAGAUCGAAAUUGAACGGGUCACGGCGACGACAGAUACCGGCGCCAGCGCCACCGCAUAA